UCCCCGGCACGCCGCAUGCAGAAGCCCCACAUGAUCGCGCCGCGAGCUGCCCGCCUGCGCCUCCUCCUCCUCCUCCUCCUCCUCCUCCUCCUCCUCUUCCUCGCCUUCAUCCCCGGCGCCCGCCGCCACAUCCCGCCUCGGACCCACGCGUGUGCAUAAGUUGAUGCUCCCGGGACUGGACCCUGCUUUAUCACAGAGGCGCUCCGGGAGGCUGAAGCAGGAGAUUUCCGCACCUCGCCGCACCGCUCCGUCCCUCCCCCGGGCUGGGGAGGCCAACCAGGACCGGCAUCACCAGAGGAGUUUGCAGGCUUGAUUUUCCACUUCUCCGAGGUUUUGCUUUUCUCCACGCCCUCCCAUAAAACAAUUUUUAUUUCCAUCUCCUUGGUUUCCACGCCGCAAUAUUUCUUGGAUUGGCCGUUCUUUUUUUUUUUUUUUUUUUUUCUGUUCCCCUCCUUUUUUUUUUUUCCUUUUUUUUUUUUUUUUUUUUUUUUUUUUCCUUUUGCCUUUGCUGUUGUUCAGUCCUUGGUGCAUCCACCGCCCAGGAACAGGAAGGACGAGAAAACCACUCCACAAAGUCUCCUUCAAGACACUCUGCGCUGCAGAACAGGCUCCCCAACUCCAUCAGCGCAGCAAACAAACUCCUCAGGGCUCUUGCUGCCCCUCCACCACCACCACCACCACAAAUCCUUUUAUUUUAUUUUAUUUUAUUAAUUUAUUUUUUUAAUUUUAUUAUUAUUUUUUUUUUAAUUUCCUCGUUGCUUUUUCAUUCGCGGAGGGCCGGGAAGAAAGACACAAACUUUCCGCUCCGAGCUCCUCCGGCGCCCCUCGCCCCUCUCCCAGCCGGCGGCCUUUAAUCCGCCGCCGGGACCCCUCGCGGGCUCCCCCAGCGAGCGGAGCCCGGCGCCCCCCGCCCGCUCUCCCCUCCCCGCGCCCCCCUCUCCCCGUCCCCUCGCUCCGCGGCCGCCCCCGAGCCGCGGGGCCGCUCGCAGGGGGCGGUGGGGCGCGGCGCCGGGGGCCCGGUGUAUGUCGUGCCCCGGCCUCCCGGUGAAUGAGCACCGCCCGCCGCCUGCCGCCGCCGCCCGCCUCGGCCCCCACCUCCCCCUGCCGGGGUGAGGCUGCCUGAGGGUCCCCGCGGGUCGCGCAUCCCCGCCGGCUGCCGAGCGGAGCCCAUCGCUUCUCCCUCCUCCCUCCCACCCACCAGCCUCCCCCAUCUCUGCCCCCUUCGUUUUAUUUUUUAUUACUACACUUCCCACCCUCCCCCUUUUUUUUUUUUUCUUUCACCAUCCUCCCCACGUUCCCCUGCCUUCCACCCCCCUUCCCCUAAUUUUUUUUUUCCGCCGGGCGCGAUGCCGCACGUGGAGAUGCUGCUGCUGGCGGCCGCGGCGCUGUGGGUGUGCGUGCGCGGGCAGGAGCCCGGCGCCAAGGCGGUGGCCGACCGCUACGCCGUCUACUGGAACAGCACCAACCCCAGAUUCCAGCAGGGUGACUAUCACAUCGACGUGUGCAUCAAUGACUACCUGGAUGUGUUCUGCCCUCACUAUGAAGAUUCAGUGCCAGAAGAUAAGACCGAACGCUAUGUUCUGUACAUGGUGAACUUUGACGGCUACAGCUCCUGUGAUCACACCUCCAAAGGGUUCAAGAGGUGGGAGUGUAAUCGGCCACACUCCCCGAAUGGACCGCUGAAGUUCUCAGAAAAAUUCCAGCUCUUCACGCCCUUCUCACUAGGAUUUGAGUUCAGGCCAGGCCGGGAGUAUUUCUACAUCUCUUCUGCGAUUCCAGAUAAUGGAAGGAGAUCCUGUCUAAAGCUUAAAGUCUUUGUGCGACCAGCAAACAGCUGUAUGAAAACUAUAGGUGUUCAUGAUCGUGUUUUCGAUGUUAACGACAAAGUAGAAAAUUCAUUAGAACCAGCAGAUGAUACAGUACAUGAGUCAGCCGAGCCAUCCCGUGGUGAGAAUGCGGCACAGACACCGAGGAUACCCAGCCGGCUUUUGGCAACUCUAUUGUUCCUCCUGGCAAUGCUUUUGAUAUUAUAGCACAGUAUGCUCCAGCAACCUGUCGCAGAAAAUAUCAGGGUCUUGGAACAUCAAAGAUCCACCUAACUGCUCAUCCCAAGAAAGGGACUUUAUUGUUUUUGCAGAUGUCAAAUUGUUAUUUUUCCCUUUUCCCUGUUCUUCUCCCUUUUAGCCUGAACUCAGCAAAAAUUUGAAGGGGAUAACUAGCUUCAGCACCUGUCCCUACCUACCCUGUGACUUUCUUAACCCCUCCAUACAAAUAAAAGGACUCCAAAUGAAAAUGCCAAACUAUAAUAGUGACACUAGUGAUUCUUAUUUUCCUCUGCAUUCUCCUUUAAGAAGUCACCUCUGUUAGUUCACUGUGUCAUCCGUGUGUAGACAAGGAAGAGUAGUGGCAGAUGCAGUCAGUGAAGGAUAAAGAAACUGAGUGAAAGCCUGGGAGAGUUUUCUCUCCAAUACAAUAUUUAUGCCUUCUAGUUCAGCACUGUAAGAUGAUCAUGCAAGGCAUCGUGUCACGAUGUCAGGACUGGAGGGGAAAUAUUAAGAACAGAUAUAAUAUAACACCAUUUCCUCCAGGAGUUUCUAAAUGAACAGGCUUCUGAAAGGGGAAGAUAUUGUUUCUUACAAACUGUCCUGAAACAUCUUUGACAGUAAAAUUCAUGCUCACAAGUAGAAACGCUGUCUUUGGUGAGAGAAAGGGGUUAGUAUUUAAAAAUGUUAGCACACAGCAGGCAAGGUCAGAUUUAGGAAACUUCACUGGGGGUGUGAGUGCCUCUGUUAUUUCGUUUUAAGGGGAUAAUGCACACCGGAUUAUUUUAUUUUAAAAGAAAUCACCGUGGUGCUACAAUUUUUUUCUUGAAAUGCAGAGGCACCUUUCAGAAUAAAGUGACCUUCCCCAGCGCUGACUUAGUAGCUGAUAGCCUUGGAUGCUGCUCUGGGUGUUAAUACAUGCUAUGAGAGGACAUCAGUGGCCAGAGGAAUCAUGUUUGGGACACAGGAUCUCCAGUGUGCUCGAUUUGUCUCUCCUGCAAGUUCCUCAGUCAUGGGAAUAAACCACAAGUAAAAGAAGCCAGAACAGUUUAGUAGCAUUGUUUGGUGGGGGGAAAGAAAAGAAGUGUGGAAUAUGAAUUCAAGUGUUGAUUUUUUUAUCUUUUCCCCUUCCAGCACAGCUUGAAGAGUAGAGGAAACGUGUUUAUCAGCCAGAGAUAAACUAGAUGGGCUCCCAAAGACUUAACAAAAUAUUUUUUUAAAAAUCCACUAGAAUAGAAAAUACAUUAUUUAGAUAUACUUUAUGCUGAGAGUGAGUAUAUAUGCUUGUCCUAUUUAAACAUGUGAGAAAAGUGGUACGCCUUGAUGCAAGUAGGAAAUGGGACUGUCUUGUUUGAUGGAAUUGGGAGUGACCCUGUUUAGGGAAUCUGAGCCUUGGCUAUGGUAGAGCUUGAAAAAGUCAUUUGCCAGGAAGUGCAAGCCUUGGGGUAUUUUUCGUCUAGGCUGCCAUGAAAUUCGAACUGCUAAGCAUAAUCAGGGAAAUAUCAAACCAAGACUGAAACAAAGCUUUUCUAAACAAAAACUGUGAUAAUUGUUAAAUGCGAAACAAAACAUGGAGCGCAUUCAAACAAAACAAGGGUUUUCUAUAUUCUGAAGAAAAACUCUGGCAUAACAAAAUUGAGUGAUACCAACAGCAGACAGCACUUGGUUGGCUGUUUUUUGUUGUUGUUGUUGUUGUUUUUUUCUUUUCUUUUUUUCUUUUUAAAGAGGAAAAGCUUUCCUAAAGUUGUAAGCAGCUCACUAUUCAAUAAAGGAGGAAAAGGGGAAAUCAAUUUAAGAUAUACAGGGAGGCUUUAUGCAUGCUAAACCACAAUCUGAGCUUGCCUGAUACCAUACAACAAGGUUCUUGUUGCAGGGCCUGUGCUUACAGCAGGAAUGUAGGAAAUUUCCUCUAGUGUGAAGUGCACACAAAAAAGAUAUGUAGUCUAAACAGUGAGGGAAGUCAGCCAGCAUCCCAUUACAAUCUAGCUGGUACUUUCCACUCUUUAGCAUGAAUGUGCUUGGUACACAUGCUAAUACUUCAUUCAAGUAGGAAUUAAAGAGCUGUGGAUGAAGUGAGUUUAGUCAAAAUGAACCUCAACAAAUGGAUUAUUAACUGAUAAUAUUGCAUGAUAGGUAACCCUAUUAAAUGAUUCAUAACAAUUACAAACAGUUGUACCAGCAGUGUAAAUUUCAUGUGGAAGUGGUGGCUUCAUUUUCCAUCCUUUGUCUCUAAGUGACGUCAGAGUUUGGGAUGUACACUUAUCCACAGCAGACACUUUUCAGCGGUGUUGCUUCAGGUACAGUUCAGCCCUUCAGUUUAUUACAGAGCCUUGAUGGGUAGGUGAGGGACAACACGAGUGGUGCAGCUGCAAGGCAGGUCUCUGUGCUGCCCGGGGUGGCCAGAAGACUACAAGACACUGCCAUUUCAGUACUUGAUGGCAUCAGGCAAUCCCAGUCAUAGAAGUACUGAUGGGUUUUGUGUUGCAAAGCAAAUCUCUGAUGCUCUGAAUGCAGAUGUUGACACCAACUACAAGGAGAUUUCUGCUCCCCUCCACUCUGCCUGCCCCUUCUCAGGCUUGAGGAACUGAUUCUCCCUCAGCCUCGGUGGCUUGCUUACCCCCAUGGCUUGCACUCCUGGCUGCCAAGGCCACUGCAAUGCAAAGCAGGGAAAAUAGGGAUCGGUGGGUUUAGUGGAUACCGUGUAUCCUUUAAUAGACAAGGUAACAUUUCGUGUUAGUUUAGAAUAUUGUUUUGUACUGUACUUACUUGGAUGGCAAAGGAAAGACAAGUAAAUCUUAAAGCUAUGUUCUUUAAAUUCUGUAUUAUUAGCAACCUCUGUUGUAUAUAGUGUUUGAUAAUAAAGUAUUAAUUUGAUUCUUAUGUCUUUUGUAAGUGAGAACAAUAGAAUUUCAGGAUAUUAAAAUCACGCGUUGAUUACAAGACAGAGCUUUGAAGCAU